GGAUCGUGUAUCCGAUUCAUUCAUUUAAAUUUCAUUUUCCUCCACGCAUCCAACACGCUUUGAUUAUUGCCACAUGCCCUCGGCCUUAUAACCAACUCUUCCCCUCCUUAUCCACCCACUCACCGCGUCUUAAAGUUCCUUUCCGUUCUUUCUCUCUCUAGCAAAUCCACACAAAAUGGCAACAGCAGAAGCGCCAAUGACCACCGACUCUGAUUCCAAUCAGAAAUCGUACCUCCCUAACAUGGAAGAGCUAGAGAAAGUUUUCAGCCGAUUUGACGCCAACGGAGACGGCAAGAUCUCGUUGUCGGAGCUAGGCGACGUGAUGAAGGUGAUGGGGUCGUCUUACUCCCCGGGCGAGCUUGAGCGUGUGAUGGAGGAUAUUGACAGUGACAAAGACGGAUUCAUCAGCCUUCCUGAGUUCGCUCAUCUCUGCCGCACCACCUCCAACUCUUCUCAGGAGCUACUCGAUGCGUUUGACCUGUACGACAAGGACAAGAACGGACUCAUCUCUUCUUCCGAGCUCCACCUCGUUCUCAACCGCCUCGGCAUCAAAUGCUCCGUUGACGACUGCGUCAAGAUGAUCCGCUCCGUUGAUUCUGAUGGCGACGGGAAUGUCAAUUUCCAGGAGUUCGAGAAGAUGAUGUCCAAUAAGCUCGCCAACGGAUCCGGAUCCGGAUCCGGAUCCGGAUUCUAGGUUUGUUGUGAUGGAGACUUGUGGAUCUGUGCGCGCACAGACGGUAUCCUCAUCUUAUCCUUUGUUCUUGUAAAUUUUCGUGGAACUAUAAAUCUUGACGUCAAUGUCCAGAUAUUAGGGCUUAAUCGUUCUAUUUCCUUUAGGUUUCUUAUAAAUACUUUGUCUGACUUCUUCUGAUUAGACCUGAAUCAACUGAUUCGUAUGAAUAUUGAAAUGGAAAAUCAGAAUAUUCAUUCCUAA